CUGAGAGAAAGAGUGGAAAAGUGCGUAAAACUAAUGAGACUUCUGUACAUAAAGUCAAAUAAAGGUUUUGUUUAACUAAUUUCUCAGCCGUUUUGUUGUAAUAUUUGUUUUGGUGUUUUCUGUGUUCGCUAUUCAUUCAUAAUUAGUAAAUAAUUACAAGUGAUUGAAAUAAAUGGCACCGAAAUUCACAGCGCCUCGAGUUUGGAAGCGUCCGUAUAAUCAUAUCUAUAACCAUAACUACAAAUACGGAAACUCUCUCUAUUCCGAUGAGAUCUCUAAUAUUGAGCGCAAAUAUAAUGAGGCGAUCGCGAGAACCACAUUCAGGUCCGAUCGGCCGGAUCUCAAUCUCAGCUCAUAUUCGGACAGCCAAUUGACGGGGGAGUCAAUCAUUCAGCGCCAGAGAGCGUUGGCGUCGGCAGCCGUGACCGCCGCCACUCUCGAGUCGGAUCGGAUCCGAUCGUUGAGCGCCACGAGAGGCAGAGCUGACGAGACCUCAGCCUUCAGCCGAAGACUGCAACACUCGGAGUCAUUCGAUAACUACAGCAAAGCAUUGGCUAAUAUUAGCGCCGAUUUGGAAGAAUCAAAGCUGAGAAGAAGUCGUUCGGUUCGACACCGAAGACCGGAGAGUACUAUUGGUUUGGUUGCGUCCACUCCUUAUGAGGAAUCGCUACUCAACAAAGACGAGGGACAACACAAUCAGUCGUUUUGGAUGGAAAGAUGCAAUGAAUUGCAGUCACAGAUCGAUAAUGUUGUCCAACAGUUGACUGAUACUGAAGACAAAGUGAGACACGAAACCAAUCAAAUAAAGAGUAAACUCACUCAAGACGUCACUGAUCUGUUGCUAACCAUCGAUGAUCAGGACAGACAAAUCAUCGAUUUGCAGAAAAUGCUUAAAAAACAGGGGAAACACGUCUCAGAUUUGACCCUCGAGUUGGAGGCCUCGCAAAGACAUUACACCGAUAUUAACGACUCGUUAACAUUGAAUCAGAAGAGGUGCCAAAAUCUGAUCCAUGAAGUCGACGAAAUGCGUACAGCAAUGGAUAAGUACUCAUUCUAAAGACGCGAACCUUUUUUGAGGCCAAAUCGGUUGGCUUUUCUCACACCCGAUCCCCAGAUAAUUAUAUUACAGUUAUAUCAAUGCAUAUGUGAUGCAAGUCUACGGAAUCGUCAUAAGUAUUGCAAAACAUUGAUAAGAUAGGAAAAGGAUAGCCUCUUAGUUAUUAGUUAAUAAGUAUUUAAUUAAUUAAUAGAAUGUCUUUAAUGGAAAAUUUAUAGUAAUGUUAACUUUAUGUUGGAGUG